CUGGUGGAGGUCAGGCAGUCACUCAGUUCUUCAGUCAGUUGUGCUCCUACUCUCGCCGGUCUAGUACGGGUGGACUCCUCCUCUCCCGGGCCUCAGUCAUCCACGCGGUGCGGCCAAGAUCAAGUCAUCGCCAUCGGAAAAGAGCGCUCGACGGCCACCACGACAAGCUGAACAUCGCCGCGCCAUCUGAUAACGACCGAAGCAAUCAUUAACAUAAACCAACUCAACCCUGCCAUCCUGCCCUCACCUGCGACGGCCACCAACGACGAGGCGACAUCCCUACACCCUCGCCCUCUCCCUCGUCCCCAUCCAUAACGAAGACGAACAUAGAACGAACUGAAAUACCACGAAGAAGGAAAAAGUUAGAAAAAAAGAGACAUCCCCCCAAAAACUGAAAUAAACGAAGAGAAAAAGCUAAUAAACAGAUUCCCGCAUACCUAAAAAAAGUAAAAAGUGCAUCAUUCGUUCGCUAAGUGACGAAUGAGAAGCAAAAAAAUAGUUAAAAUUAUAAAAAAGUGUAUCUUCUAGUGCACGCAAUAACUUAACGAAUACGAACUUCAAACACACGAAUCUGGUGUUUUACGAAUGAUCCUGAUCUUGAAAAACUGAUAUGGUUCCUAGUCCUACCCUGAAGAACACCAUUUGAAUAUCCUACGCUCUUCAGAACACUCCUACAACGUCCUUUGGUCAUCUCCACGACGCAAGAUCUACCAAGUGUCCUAUAGGAUCGUCUCCACAUCCUGCAACACUCCUAUAGGUUAUCUAACGUCUCUAAGGAUUUCCUCAAGGCAUCCUCAAACUCCUAGGAUCAUCAACACGGUGUCCUGCAGAUCUUUAGGUCAUCGAGAAGGCGUCCUCAUCUCCACAGCAUCCUACGAAUCCUUGGCUCAUCUCCACGAGGUCUUCAGAUACAAGAAUAACCUCCACGGCCUUCUCAAGACUCAAGAACUAUCUCCACUUGGUCUCCACACUCAAUUUCCACCUCGGAAAAUCAUCUCCACGGGGCUUCCACACCGCAAAAACCACACACACGUAGUUCUCAACCGCAACCCAAAUUAACAAGUAUCACGCAAUCAACGACAACCACACACUCACGUCCUAUUACCCAUCCCCAAGAGUCCUUCGCAACGCAUCCUACACAUCCUACCAGCACCAUGGACGCCGUCAGACCCUCAGGACUCCGCGAGCCCAUCCGUUUCGGCCGUCAGUUCUCCGAGCCUCUGACCGUGGACAUCCCCGUCAGGUUCGGGCGCCAGUUCUCGUCGCCCGAUUCGAGGUCUGAGUCCCCGCUCCGCACGCCCCCCUCAGGCAAGCCAUACAAGUUUGCUCCGCUGUCCACGCCGUCCCCUUCCGCUGGUGCCAACGGAGAUCGAGUUGACGUGGAGAUAGAAAAGCUUCGAAGACUGAGUGAAGAGUUCUCGAGGAAAGACUUCCCCUUCCUGAACGGCCACGGACGCCAGAAGAGCAGGAGCCUAUCACCCCCCUCAAGACCCUCACCGCUGCUCAUCAAAUACAAACCAAUCUACGACACCAACGGGAACAGCCACUACACCCGCAACAUCAUCAACCACAACAACAACAACAAGUUCACCUUCAACCACAACUACCACAACAACAACAACCACUACAGCAACAGCAACGGGCCCCCAAGCAGCAACGGUCUCAGUCACAGCCCAACUGGUAGCUCCUCUUCGUCUGUUAGCAACCUCAGCAGCCUCAGCAACGGGGUUAUCGAGCACCAGCCCCACUGUAGGUUAUAUUACAAGCGCGCCAAGUCACCGCUGAGGGAGAACGGACGCCUCUCGCCCUCCCCCCUGCGUGAGAUAAAGGGAAAAGGAACCCCAGACGACCCCUUCCUCCCCUUCACCUUUCCGGAACUCCCCUCCUACAAGAUGCCGGCCCAGAGGCGCUUCAGUGAGGAUGUCAACUUCCGCAGACCACUGGCCACCCUUCACGAGGAUGAAGUGAUGGCCAGGAGGCGGUUCAGCGAGGAUGUGCGCAAGAAAUCACUCGACACCAGCGGGGUUAUGGAGGACGUCUUCAAGCACCACCGCCGUCUGUCCGAGGCUGGGGUGCGCCGCCUUUCCGAUGCGUCCCUUGUGCUGACAGAAGACACCGACAGCUUUAUCAUUGGGGACCGCGUGUGGGUGGGUGGCACAAAGCCCGGUGUCAUAUCUUACAUCGGGGAGACACAGUUUGCUCCUGGAGAGUGGGCGGGAGUCACCCUUGAUGAGCCUAUCGUAGGUAAAAAUGAUGGCAGUGUGGCUGGAGUCCGUUACUUCCAGUGUGAGGCCAAGAAGGGAGUGUUUUCCAGACUUACAAGGCUUUCCAGGAGAGAACUCACUGACUAUGACAUUGAGCUCCUCUCGUCCCGUCGCUCCUCCACUGUGGGGUCCGACUCGCCGAAAACCAAUGGCACACCGGCCAGCAGUAUGGCCUCGGGGCCCACCUCUGCCUCAGCUCCUGUCCGCAAAGUGACCCCCUCCAGCACCACAAGCAAACCAAGCUCCACCGUGGCUUCCAAGACCACUCCCACUCCUGCCGCCACUCCCAGAAAGAGUGUCACAUUGACUACUCCAAGCUCUACCACCACUGAUGCCAAGGUUGGGGAUCGUGUCGUCAUCACCAGCGCAACAGGUGUGCGGCACGGCAUCCUGCGCUUCGUGGGAAAGGCAGAUUUUGCUGACGGGGUUUGGGCAGGAGUGGAGCUGGAUGACCCAACAGGGAAGAAUGACGGCUCGGUGGCAGGCAAAAAAUACUUUGAGUGCAGAGACAAGUAUGGGCUGUUUGCUCCUGUUGGCCGUGUGAGCAAAUAUGGCCCCAGCUCAGGGGCCGCCCGCCGCACUUCGGCUCCCCAGACGCCUCGUGCCACAGUGCGCCGCUCCAACAGCAGGGAAUCUUUGGGAGGAUCCUCGGUGGCCUCCUCGACAGCCUCCUCUGUCCGGGGCACCAGGGUAAGACUUGGCGUCACCUCCCUCACCCCAGGCCAGAGACCCUCCCGGCCUGUCACCUCAUCCGUCCCCAACACCAAGGCCCUGCAGGAGGCUUUGUCCGAGAAGACACAGCAUGUUGACCAGCUGAUGAGGGAGCGGGACAUGGAGCGGGCUGAGGUGGCGCGCAUGGCAGCACAAGCAGACGAGGCCACCAGGGCAGCGCAGGACAUGAAGCUUCAACUCGACAAGCUACAAAUAGAGUCGGAGGAGAGGCUACACGACUAUGGGGAACGAAUACGUGCGCUACAAAGGGAUAAAGAGGAGAUACUGUCCAAACUAGAGGACAAACAAAAGGACCUGGACGACAUAUCAUUCCAACUCGAGGAGGAGUCCAUCACAAAAGCUGACCUAGAGCGAUUGGGACAGACAGCAUUAAGUCGAAGCACAACUGACGCGGAAGCAAUCAAGAAGCUGGAAAAGGAAAUCACCGAAAUGAAACGAAAACUCACCGACCGAGGAACUGUCGAGGCGAACAAAGCUUUCGAAAUGGAGGAAAUGGAAAUAAAUCUUCGAGCGAGUGUGGAGGAGCUGCAGAUGAAGGUAAUGGAACUGGAAAAAGAAAAGGAAGAGUUGGAAAGUUCUACAUCCAAGCAGUCAGAGGAAAUCAAAUCCAUGCAGACAAAUAACGAAAUAUUGAAAAACAACAUCAGCGAACGAGAACAAAAGAUCAAGUUGUUAGAAGCAAGUCGAGAGCAGGACCAAGACUUGUCCGCAAAGAGGUCAACAGAAAUUACCGAGAAGGACACGCAGAUCAAAGAGCUACAACUCCUGCUGAAGACUAAAUCAGAUGAAUGUGAAAACUGUAUGGAGAAACUGAAGGAAGCUCUCAAGGAUGUAGAAAGAGGUAGAACAGAGACUGAAGCCCUGCAGAAAGAUCUAAAAGACAUUCAGGAACAGAUAAAGAGUGGAUCGUCGGAAUCGUCAGCCCUCGUAGCAGAAGUCAGCCAGUUGAAGGAGGAGCUGCGGAGGACAUCAACCAAGCUGGACCAGUCUACAGAUAAGAUAUCUACUUUAGAAACCCACAAAUCCAAACUAGAAACAGAACUAAAUACUUCAAACUCCACUCUGGCUGACAGCUCCUCAAAAUGUACUGAACUGACAGCAACUCUCAAGCAAAAAGAAGAACAACUCCAGAAUGUUACAGAUAAAUUACAGAAAUCCGAGGCAUCCCAAAAGAGCGAACAGGAGAGUUGGUCUGCAGAGAAAAACAAGUACGAAACACAAACUGCAAACCAGGAGAAAGAAUACAAGGACGGCCUGCUGAAGCUUGAGCAAAGAAUAACUACAUUGGAGAGCACCAUCACCGAGAAGACUUCAGAAUGUGAUAAAGUAACCCGACAACUGAAGGCUUCCGAGUCACUCAUAAAGUCACUGGAAGAGGAGAGAGAAAAGUUAAAAGAACAGGUCUCUGCCUCACUCUCCUCCUCCUCUGAUUCCACCAAGCAGCUGGAGGUCCUCAACAACCAUCUUCAGGACAAGGGAAAGCAACUAGAAGAAAUCCAAGAACAGUUACGCGAAAAAGAAAGUUUGCUGUCCCUUGAGAAGUCGUCGAGAGCUGAAGAACUUGCAGCUCUCAAUAAAGUGAAAGAGAAUGAGAGGGAGAAACAUAAAGAGGAGUUACAAAAGGUAGAAAAGAAAAUCCAGGAGUCCGAGAAGAAGUUGGCUGCGAAGGCGGACGAACUCGUGUCUGCGCAGAAACAGUACAAGAGUGAGCAGGAGGAGAUGACGAAGAAGAAGGACCUGGAACUUUAUGAACUGCAGGAGCAAGUUAUGACGAAGGAAGCAGAAGUGUCGGACCUUGAGCGAAAGGUUAAGAGCUUGGAGGCCCAGGUGAAUGAUUUGUCAAGUUCAUCUGCCGACCAACAAGGAACCCUGGAAAAGACACUCGCUUCUCUACGAGAGGAGAAGGACCAACUUGCCAAGGAAAAAGAGGAAGUCCAAAGAAGCAAAGAUGAAGUUGAAGAAAAGCUGUCGACCUUGGACAAUGAAAACCGUAAACUGCGCAUGGAGAGGGAGGAAAAUCUGUUGCUCGUCACACAGAGAGACCGCCAAGUGACGGAGAUGAAGGCGGAGGUGGAGCAGCUGAUAGCCACCUUCAACACCCACCGUGAGGACCUGCAGAAGCAACUGGCGCAUGCACAGGAGGACAAGGAGACCAUGAUGGAGUUCCAGACGACCUUUAAGGGCGAGCUGGACCGCCUCAAUGGUCUGCAGGAUAAGCUGGCGUCAACCGAGGAAGAGAGAGUCAAUCUAUUAAAACAAAACGAACAGCUUGAGGCAGAGAUGCGCAAACUGAAGGGCAUUGAAGAAGAGAAACUCAUUCUAGUCAAGGAGAGAGACAAGUUAACUGAGGAGAUUAAGGCUCUUCAGGUUCUACAGUCCCAGCAUUCCACGCUAAAGAAGGAGAAAGACGAACUUGAAGGAGAAGUGAAGAAGAUAUCCGAGUCCCUAAAGAGAGAGAGCGAUGAGCACAUCUCCGAGAAGUCCCGGCUGGAGGAGGAGGUGCGGAGCCUCAAGAAGUCUGAGGAGGAAAGAAGCAGGCUGGGAGGAGAUGUUGAGAGGCUGGAGACAGAGCUAAAGAAAAUGACGCAGAUACAAGAAAAUAAUAACACACUCUCAUCGGAGCUCAAAAAACUAAAGGAGGAAAGGGACGGAAUGGCAUCUAGUCUUAAAGCUUUAGAGGAGAAAGUCACAGAAAAGAAACAAAUAGAAGAGGAUAAUGAAAGGUUGAAUUCAGAUCUCAAAAAUGCGAGAGAAGAAAAGAACAAACUCAUGAUUGACAUUCAGCGACUUGAGGCAGAAGCAAUGAACGGGGUCAGAAACCUUGAUGAGGUGAAAGAGAAGCUUGAAAACACCAUGAAGACUCUGCAGGACGAGAAGAGAGGCAUCGAGGAGGAGAAGCUGAGGCUGGAGGCAGAAGUGAGGGAGCUGAAGAAGGUGGAGGAGGAGAAGAAGAGCCUGGAGACGAAGAACAUGGCGCUCACCCAGAACAUUGAGGAACUUAAACUCAGCCAAGAGGGACGUGUUGGGGACCUGGAGACAGAGAAGUUCAACCUGGUGGAGGAGGUGGUGAGUCUGCAGGAGCAGGUCUCGUCGCUCAAGGCUGAGACGACCCUUGCCAACAAGCGGGCCACAGAGGCGGAGGCAGAGUCAGAGAAGGUUGGUCUGCUCCGCGCCAAAGUUGACCUUCUCGAAACGGAAAAACGAAGACUUGAGAGCAAGAUUGUUGACCUGCGAGUUGAGGUUGCGUCAACUGAGAUCAGCCACAAUGAUUCAGAUAGCUUUGUGAAGAAGAUUUUGGAGGAGAAGGACCAGCUUGAGGGUCAGGUCAACUUCCUCAACUCACUAAUCGUCGACAUGCAGAGGAAGAACGAUGAGCUCAAGUCUUGCAUCGAGAUUUCUGAAAUGGGGAACGUCUCCGAUGAUACCAAAGCGAAUAUGAACGGCAUCAAUAUCCCCGGGGCGCGCAUGGUGGCCCCACGCAUGUUCUGUGACAUCUGCGACUGCUUUGAUGCGCACGAAACCGAGGAGUGUCCUAAGCAGGCCACCUCCGAAUCCCCUCCCGCCUCACACCACCAGGGACAACGGGGCUCAACCAGGCCAUACUGUGAUACAUGUGAAGUCUUUGGGCAUGACACGAGUGAUUGCAAUGAAGAUGAAACGUUCUAACCGAGGCUGUGAAUUGUUAUGUAUAAUGUUGAAAUGUUGUAGUUUCCUUAGUGUUAAGUCUUAGUGAUAAGCUAGGAGGGCAUGACCUUGUUGAGAUUACCCUAGGCUAAAGGAGAGUAUUAACUGUUGAGUUACUGAAUCACGCAACUUACUAUUAAUUUUUAACUGUUGAUUGUGUAUAUUCCUGCAAUGUAUGCUUUGACAUGAUGAAAAGUCAGAAAGUAAACAAAUACUGAAAGAGGGCAGCACAUCAUGGUCAUAUCCUGUGUUAGAAAGAGCAGCGAGUUCUCUCACCCAACAAGUUGCUACAUAAUGUUCUGUGUGAGGAACAUCAUGUACAAGCAUUGCUGAGAUUUGAACUCUUAACCAGCAGCUUCUUAUUGUUUUGUUAUUAAAGAGAGGGUUUAUAUUUUACAUGUCCUGGAAAAAGGAGUCACAUCAUCCUAGCCAGUGUUCUCUCACAUCCACGUGGUGUGUCUUUCACUAUGAUUGCCAGCACCGCAGGCCUGCAACGUUAUGCUUUGCUACGCCUUGAGGCGGUGCAGCUGACUUUGUGUGUGGCAACUUACUGGUCCUUGCAUUUCAGCUUAGAGGAGGCGUUGCUCAUAGUCUUGCAUUGCUCAUCAAAGUACAAUAAGGUUUCCCAAUCAGCAAUAAAUAGCCAUCAUGGAAAUAAGCCACUCCGGGCUGUAGAGUGGGUGCAUUGUGAUGGUGGGUAUUGUGCUGUAAGGUUAGUCAGUAGUCUCCCUCGACAGUGAGAAUUUCUUAGCCAUCCUGUAAAGUUAACCAGUUUAGAAAAUAUUUUUUAUCUAUACUGUGAAGUUCCACUACCCUGCCUUCAAAGGUAUGUGGCAGGCAGGCUCAUAAAAGUCUGCCUCUUUUAAUCUUUCAGCACAUAUAGUUUGUCAUUUUCCCUCGCAUCUGAAUAACAUCAUAUUCUCCCUAUUGUGAUAGAGGCAUAGUAUGCCUUUUGCAUCUGCUUGUAAUUGCAGCUUACUUAAUUCAAGGCAGUAAGGCUAAAUUUCUAGUCUUGUUACUGUAAAAGUCCUUUCAAUUAAAGACACAAGGUAGUUUGCCUGACAGAAAUGUUUUCAUCAGUGUGUCGUGCAAUGGCCUUGGUGGCCAGCCACUCAGGGUAACAUGGGUUGUCAGUCACUUGAGCCACUGAUAGUUUUCAGUUCUCUUGGGCCAAUAACAUCCUCCCUUGAAUGAAAAUAGAAAAGUGGGCAUUACAGAUAAUUCUGUACACUUUUCACAGUCAAAUAUCCUGCCACAUACAGAGACAAUAAGGGCCACCAAGACACGCAGACACACCUGUUGCAGGAGUGAAGCAGGGAAGAUGUGGCACUCAUGGCUGGUGGAGCAUUUGACUGGUGAAGGAGGGUAUUGAUUGCUCUUAGUAGUAGUGUUUCUGUAGCUUGAAGGAAAGGACUUUUACCAGUUUUAUGGUUAAUUUUUUUAGAAAUAUUUUUAUACAGUAUUACCAACAAGUUUCAUCUGCUCUUUAAAGACUUAUUGGACUUCACUAAUAUGUAUAUUUGCUAUCAGAACCGUCAUAUAAACUGUAUGGACUUGUUAAUGGGUCAUGCAAUUGUUUGAUCCUGCAGUCUUUCAUUUGCAAGGGUGAGAAAUUGUAUUCAAGCUACUCUGCACUUCUCACCACUCAUUGCACUGGUUUGCAAGUUGCAUGUGAGGCUUCCUACUUCCUUCCUUCCAUGAAUCCCAGGUGAAUAUUGCUACUUAGACAUGAGGCAGUUUAUAUCUGACUCAUUCUUGAAGUGCAGGUUAUCAGAUUUUCGUGGCAGGCUUUGUUGUUGCACAUGUAAGGUUUUAUUGGUUUUACCUGAGAUUGGGUCGUGCCACGUACAUUCGCCGCGAUGUUGAGGUCAGUCGUUUGAUCGCCGCUGUUUUUGUUUUGAAGGAUGGACUACUAACACGAUAUUAGUCUCCCACGGAUAUAGAAAGUGUAUGCAUAUUUUUCUAAAGACAAUGUAUAAAGAUGCAAAUACAGCUCUCCUUGAA